AUGAGGACGCUUAUUAUUGACAAUUACGACUCGUACACCUUCAACCUGCUUCAGCUAUGUGACAACCAAGAAAACGUUGUUGUGGUUCGAAACGAUCAGUUCCAGUGGUCUGAAUUCAAGGAUAAUGUGCUUCCCCAUUUUCAUAAUGUUAUCAUCUCCCCUGGACCUGGACGACCUGAACGACCUUCGGAUUUUGGUAUCUGCAGCAGCUUAAUCGAGGCACAAUUGGAUGAGACACAAUCAAAGUACCAUCGACCUAUCUUUGGCAUUUGUCUUGGUCACCAGGGCAUUGCUCAUCUUUUGGGUGGAGAGAUCGCUUAUGCUCCACGCAUUAUGCAUGGCCGUAUGUCGCAAAUCCAUAUCACAGAAGGAAGCUCUUUAUUCCAAAACUGCAAUUCCCCAUUCUGGGCUGUGCGUUAUCAUUCUCUCAUCGUGGAUCGAAAAUCAUUGCCAAGUUGUCUACGAUUGAAUGCUUAUUGUGAGGAAGAUGACGCUGAUGUUCAAGCAUUGAAAAAUGCCGAGUAUGUGGCUGAUAAAGUCGACGAGGAUUCAUUCGAGAGCCAUCAUUUUCUGCAACAUCCGCCCACCAACUCUGUCAACAAAUCUGAUCUGGUCACAGUUAUGGGGUUCCAGCAUACAUCAUUGCCCUUGUGGGGUGUCCAAUUUCAUCCUGAAUCGGUGUCCACAGAGUAUGGUACUCAAAUGAUCAAAAACUUUAUGCAAGAAACUUUCAAUUGGUAUCAACAGCAUGGAAUUGAUAUGGCUCUUCAAAGUCCUUUGAGUGAUGGUAUUCGAUCCCUUUCAUCGCUUGCAACGCAUAUUUCUCGGUCUCCACAACCAAAGACACAACUUCGCCUUGUGACUAAACCAAUCAACAUGUGGGUCAACGAAGAACAUGUUUUCGAUCAGCUAGUGGCCGAUGCGCGUGACCAAAUCAAAGCUAUCAGCUGGCUUGACAGCAGCCGAAAAGCAUCGCCUUACUCGAACAGAUCGAUUCUGUCAGUCGACCCGGCAUUCACCAUGACGUAUUCAACAUUGCACAAGCGGGUGGAUCACACUUAUCGAGAAGCGGAUGAUCAAUCUUUGAAUCUUGAUCAUGACGAUGAUUAUUUCGGCUACGUUUCACGCAUUCUAUCAGAUCUACAACUUGAAAACACGACAUCAGCACAUCAAUCUUUUUGUGGUGGACUCGUGGGCUAUCUUGGCUAUGAAAUGAAGCGUGAGAGUUUGGAUGGUUAUGCUACACCAAAGGAACAACAAUGCAACGGCCAAGAUGAUUGUCGAUGUUCGAUUGAACCUGAUGCUGGAUUCCAAUUCGUUGAUCGAUUUUGGUCAUUUGAUCUCAAAGCACGACAAAUCCAUGUUUGCUGUCUUUUGUGGACUGGUGGUGAUAAUCCAUGGAACGUGGGUUUCAAAACGCAACAAGACGUGGAGCGUUGGUUGGAGUAUGCCGAGCGUAUCGUAUCGCAAGCUGCUACAAAUGCACACCGCUUAGCGCAAGCUGCUGAUUAUAUGGAAAUGACCCCAGCAUCAUCAACACGCUCAACCCCAAUCCCGCAAGUAUUGAGUAGCAACGAUGAUUUAUUUACAACCGAUGCACAGCAUGAUCAGUAUCUUGAUGCUAUUGAGCGGUGUAUACAUGAGAUCCAUGAGGGCGAGUCAUACGAGAUUUGCUUGACAACACGUUUCCAUAGCUACCUCGGAGACGCGGCAAGUAGUAAAUCCGAUAUCUGGCGACUUUAUACACGACAUCUACGCAAAAACAACCCUGCACCAUUCUCAGCUUUGCUUCAUUUUCCUUCAUGUGAUAUGGCGAUCCUCAGCUCAAGCCCCGAAAGAUUCUUGAGCGUCUCUUCUGCAGGAACAGCUGAAAUGAAGCCUAUCAAAGGCACCAUGGCACGUGCCAUUGGUUGUGUGUGCCCAAAGGAUGGAUGUGAUGAGCAGUGUCAAGAACGUCGUAUUGCUGAAGAUGAGCGACGAAAGCAAACUUUGUGGCAAGAUGUCAAAGAAAGGGCUGAAAAUCUUAUGAUUGUGGAUUUGAUUCGAAAUGACCUUGCUCAAGUGUGCGAACCAUCCACAGUGCGUGUACCAAAAUUGAUGAACGUUGAAACGUACGAAAAGGUGCAUCAUCUUGUGUCAACGAUUCGUGGUUCACUCCAUCCACACGUAACAAGUGUUGAAGCUGUACGCACAUGUUUCCCUCCAGGCUCAAUGACAGGUGCACCCAAGCUACGAUCGGUGCAACUCUUGGAUCAACUCGAGCAACAUCGCCGUCGUGGGAUCUAUUCAGGAUGUUUAGGGUAUUUCUCGUUGGAUGGUAGUGCUGAUUUCAGUGUUAUCAUUCGCACAGCAGUGGCAACAAACGUCUCAGAUAAAGUUGAGCUAUCCGUUGGUGCCGGUGGAGCUGUGACAUUUUUAUCCACACCUGAGCAGGAAUGGAAGGAAACAUUACUCAAGACAAAGAGUGUAGCACCAAGUGUUAAGGAAUUCCUUUCCAAUUAUUGA